UUCCCCUCUUUCCUCUUUGGUUCUGAAGACUCCCCUCCACCAUCCCCGCCGCCCACCCCGUCUUUUUCUCUCUUUCACGUCUCGCCCUUCUCCUUGGCUGAAUCUCUAUCUCUAUCUGGUUGCCUCGUUGAUGGCCGUGACGAGCCAAGCGAGCCUGCUCCUCGCGAAGCAGCUGAAAGAUCUUACCAAAAAUCCCGUAGACGGAUUCUCGGCCGGCCUGGUCGAUGAUAGCAAUAUUUUCGAGUGGAACGUGACGAUCAUCGGUCCCCCUGAUACACUCUACGAUGGUGGCUAUUUUAAUGCAAUUAUGAGCUUUCCUGCCAACUAUCCCAAUAGCCCUCCAACAGUUAGAUUUACAUCAGAGAUGUGGCAUCCAAAUGUUUAUCCUGAUGGACGUGUUUGCAUAUCAAUUCUUCAUCCACCUGGGGAAGACCCAAACGGAUAUGAGCUUGCAAGUGAGCGUUGGACACCGGUGCAUACGGUUGAGAGCAUUGUACUGAGUAUCAUCUCCAUGCUUUCUAGUCCUAAUGAUGAAUCUCCUGCUAAUGUUGAAGCUGCUCAAACACUAAAGCCGUGCCCUUCUCCCCCCCAAUGGAAGUGCUAACACAGUCCAAGAGAGACUAUUGAUUGCCUAUGUUGCUUGAAAGUUGAUUCUGAGUUGGUCGGAUGUGUUAUCUUAGGUAUCUGGUGGAUCCUGGGUUGCGAGCUGCACAAACUAUGCUCUGUGGUCAAGGAAUUUGGUUCAUGAGAGGGGAUCUAAUUGUGAAUUCUAUUUAUUUCAUAUUGCUGCAGCAGUUAUGAUGCCAGUAAGACAUGAUAUUUGAAUUGUUUGACCACUGCUGGCAUUCGCUGCUGCUACCAAAGACUGGGUUGUAAAAGUGACCCCAGCCAGCUGAUGUCCAAAAUGCUCUAUACACACUUUGCAGUCCAUGAAGCCCAUGGACAUUUUCAGAAUUUUUGAAGCUUUGAGAUAAUGUCUUAGCUAAGAAGUAACUGAAUUAAACUAUUCUAGUUUAUGUGCAAGGUGUUGCUUGUUCUGCAAAAGUUUUAAUUAGUCAAUAGUUCAAGUAA